AUGAAUCUUGACAUUAAUGGAACACAAGUAACCCUCAAGCUAGAUAGCGGAGCAGAUAUGAACGUCAUGGGUUAUUCACAGUGGAGCAAACUGCAGUACCAGCCACCCCUUGAACCUGCAAAGGUGAACCUUAAGGCGUAUGGCGGAACUAACGUGCCUGUAAAGGGACAGGCAGAAGUGACAAUCACUUACAAAGGCAAGCCAUACAAGACAGUAUUUGCAGUUACGCCAGACAACCAUAGAUCAUCCCUGGGAGUCCAAGACUGUGAACGAUUGAACCUCAUCCGCCGUGUCUACGAAAUCAACGUAGAUCAAGUCAUCAAAAGUGAAUCUUCAUUCAGUUCAUCAGAUAUUCUAUCAGAAUAUGGAGAUGUUUUCACCGGACUAGGCUGUCUACCAGGUGAACAUACCAUUACAGUUGACAAUAACGUCAAACCAGUAAUAGAAGCAUGUCGAAAAGUUCCCUUCGCACUACAUGAACAGCUAAAAGAAGAGCUUGACAGGAUGAUAUCUCUUGGAGUCAUCACAGUGGUGACCGAGCCCACUGAAUGGGUCAGUUCAAUGGUGAUCGUGCACAAGAAACACGGCAAGCUCAGGAUUUGCCUUGACCCGAGAAAUCUCAAUAGGGCGAUUCAGCGAGAACACUACAAACUUCCAACCCGAGAAGAGGUGUUGUCACAGUUUUCUGGUGCUCAAGUCUUUAGCAAGCUUGACGCUUCUUCAGUCUUUUGGCAAAUGAAGCUUGAUCACAAAAGUUCUCUACUGACAACAUUCAACACGCCUUUUGGGAGAUAUCGAUAUCUUCGUCUUCCAUUUGGUAUAUCCAGUGCACCAGAAGUCUGCCAUCACACCAUCCACCAGCUCUUUGAACACAUACAGGGGACUGACACAAGUAUGGAUGAUAUGAUAAUAUGGGGUAAUGACAAGUAA